GGGACAUUUUAGACACUGGAUUUUAUUAUAACUGAGACAAGAUGAACACCUCUAUCGUAAUUUAACCUUGAGGAUAAAGUGACAAUGUCUCCGUCCUUGGCGCGCUCGGCUCCCAGUGAGCUCAACCACUGGUGGACUCAACUCCGCUUUCGGCUGCAACACAAAAAAGGAUGGAAUGAGAUGCUGGAUGAGACUUUCCUCCUGCACACCAAGAACAUAAAUGAAAUUCCUCUUUUCUACGCGGCAAAGACCAACAGUGCAGGCUGCAUCAAGAAACUGCUCAGCUCCUCAUCCACAAACAUCUUUGAGAGAGGCGCUUUGGGGGAGACGGCGCUUCAUGUGGCUGUGAUGCACGACAACAUGGACGCCGCUUUGGCUCUGAUGGAAGGAGCUCCUGAACUCAUCAACGAACCCAUGACCUCUGACCUCUUCCAAGGGGUGACGCCGCUGCACAUCGCUGUAGUGAACCAGAACAUCAACCUGGUGCAUCACCUGAUCAUCAGAGGAGGGGACGCGGCCACUCCCAGAGCCACCGGCCUCUACUUCAGGAAGAGGAUUGGAGGGCUCAUCUACUAUGGGGAGCACAUCCUGUCCUUCGCUGCCUGUGCGGGUAAUGAAGACAUCAUCUCCAUGGUGAUAAAUGCCGGAGCCAGCACCCGAGUCCAGGAUUAUCGAGGUAACACACUGCUCCACAUCCUGGUACUUCAGCCCAAUAAGACGAUUGCGUGCCAGGCCAUGGACCUGAUCAUGGCCCGAGACGCAGAGCUGGACCAUGCCGUGCCCCUCGACAUGGUUCCCAACAGCCGCGGACUCACCCCCUUCAAACUGGCAGCCAAAGAAGGAAACACUGUGGCCUUCCAGCACCUGGUGAACAAAAGGAAGAUUGUCCAGUGGAGUCUGGGUCCUCUGACGUCAAACCUGUUUGACCUGACGGAGAUCGACUCGUGGGCAGAUAACAUGUCCGUGCUGGAGCUCAUUGUGGGGAGUCACCACAGAGAGGCCAGAAGGAUCCUGGAAGUGACUCCUGUCCGUCAGCUGGUCAGUCUUAAGUGGAAUCUGUACGGCAAACACUACUUCAGGCUUCUGCUGGUGCUCUACCUGCUUUAUAUCGGCACCUUCACAUUAUGCUGCUCAUACCGCCCUCUAAAGGACAUUCCAGAGAACUACACCCAGUCAGAAUUGGACAAAACCAUAAGAAUACAGAAGACAUUAGAAGAGAGCUAUGUGACACACAAAGACAGUCUGCGUUUGGUUGGGGAGGUCAUCAGUGUGCUGGGUGCUUUGGUCAUUCUGUUGUUAGAGAUUCCUGACAUCAUUCGAGUGGGUGCAAAGCGUUAUUUUGGACAGACUGCACUUGGAGGGCCCUUUCACGUCAUCCUGAUCAGUUACGCCUGCCUGGUGGUGCUCCUCUGUGUCUUCCGCCUGUGUCAGCUGAAUGGAGAGGCUGAGCUGAUGGCCGUGUGUUUGGUCCUGGGUUGGUGCAACGUCAUGUUUUUUGCCCGAGGAUUUGAAAUGCUGGGUCCUUAUGUGAUCAUGAUCCAGAAGAUUAUAUUUGGCGACCUGACCAAGUUCAUGUGGCUAAGUUUUAUUGUACUCCUUGGGUUCUCCACUUCUCUGUGGGUGGUGUACAUGACUCAGGAAGUGGACUCCAUCCCGGCCUAUCACUCCUUCCCCAUCACUCUCUUCUCUCAGUUUGAGCUUAGUGUGGGACUCAUAGAUUUGCCUGUGGACCACACCUUUAUCACGCCCCCUAUAGUCCAUGUCCUGCACUGCACCUUCUCUGUGGUGUCUUACAUUCUACUGCUGAACCUGCUGAUCGCCAUGAUGAGCGACACUCACUGGAGGGUGGCCCAGGAGAGGGACGAGCUCUGGAGGACUCAGGUGGUGGCUACGACGCUGAUGCUGGAGAGGAGACUUCCCCGCUGCCUCUGGCCUCGACUCGGAGUCUGUGGACAGAGCUAUGGACUCACAGAGCGCUGGUAUCUACGGGUUGAAGACCGUAACGACCCCAUGGUGCAGAAGAUGCGUCGCUACAUUAAAGCUUUUCAGGAAGAGAAGGCGGGGCAGGAGAAGGAGGAUCAGGAGAAGAGUGACCCGACGAAGGACACUCCGAAGCUCCGCCCCAAGAGACGAGGCCGGCCGGUGUCCGGGUGGCAGCUCAUCAGGAACAGCGCUCUGGGACUGGACAUGGAACCGUUUGAACCAGAGGAGGAGGAGGACGUUAAGUUUGUCUAA